AAUCAGGACAGACCACGAAAAGUGCCGUAAGAAAGAUGGAUUGUGGCUCUGUCAACUAAUUAGUUUGUAUUGAAAUUAAAUGUAAUACGCUAUAACAACAGCCACUUUAAAAAUUAAAAUAAUGAUGGACUAUUUAGUGAAUAUUAAUUGGAACAAAAUAACACCAUGUCUUGUUUUAUUAGUGCUAGAAAUAGUGUUAGAAUUUUCAGAUUGUGCGACUCCUGCAGAAGUGAACAAGCACCUGGAGCUGGGCCGGGACUUCCUGGCGCGAGGGCAGCUCUCGGACGCGUUAACGCACUAUCAUGCGGCAGUCGAGGGUGACCCACACAACUACCUCACAUAUUUCAAGCGUGGUACAGUUUACUAUGCUCUGGGUAAAGCAAAGUUUGCACUACAAGACUUCACUAAGGUGUUGGAGUUGAAAGCGGACUUUACUUCAGCGCAAGUGCAGCGUGCUAAUGUCUACCUCAAACUAGCUCAAUACAGAGAGGCUAAAGAAGACUUCUUGCAAGUUACGUACGCAGACCCAUAUAACAGCGAAGCGUUAGCGCAGUACCACAAGAUCGACGAGUACAUGGAGGACAUGCGGCUGGUGGAGGCGUACUACCGCGGCGGUGACCACCGCGCCGCGGUCGAGCUCGCCACGCGGCUGCUCGAGGUCUCGCCCUGGUCCGCGCAGCUGCGACAACUGCGCGCCGAGAGCUACAUAGCCCUGAAUGAUCUAUUCUCCGCUGUGUCUGACAUUCGGUCUGUCAAUCGUCUCCAACAAGACUCCACGGAUGGCUACUACCGGCUUGCGACUUUGUUGUAUCAACUGGGGCACGUCAGUGAUGCCCUAAAGGAAGUCCGCGAGUGCCUUAAACUAGAUCCGGAACACAAGAAGUGCUUCCCGUUGUACAAGAAGAUCAAGAAGGUGGACAAGUUGCUGCUGGACUGCGAGGAGCAGAGCGAGGCCCGCGACUACCUCAAGUGCAUGAGCAGCGCCGAGAAAGUGCUCAAGAUCGAGGACGAAGUGUCCUUAGUCGUGUUCGAGGCCAAGCGGUGGCUUUGCAGCUGCGCGACGAAGGAGGAGCAGUACACGGAGGCGCUGGGGCACUGCGCCGCGGCGCUGGCCAUCAAGCCCGACGCGCGCGUGCUGUGCGACCGCGCCGACGCCAUGCUCGGCCUCGACAUGUUCGACGACGCCAUACAUAUGUACAAAGAAGCGCUAGAAUUAGAUGAAGGGUUCCAGAGAGCAAAGGAUGGCCUCAGCCGCGCGCAGAAACUGCAGAAACAGUCUGAACAAAGAGAUUAUUAUAAGAUUCUAGGCGUUAAGAGGACAGCAAAUAAGCAGGAAAUUACUAAGGCGUAUCGAAAGGCGGCGCAGAAGUGGCACCCUGACAACUACCAGGGCGACGAGAAGAAGGUUGCCGAAAAGAAAUUCAUCGACAUCGCUGCAGCCAAGGAGGUGCUGACGGACCCCGAGAAGCGCGCGCAGUUCGACGCGGGCGUGGACCCGCUGGACCCUGAGUCGCAGCGCGGCGGCGGCGGCGGCGGCCCCUUCAACAACCCCUUCCACCACUUCCAGCAGGGCGGCUCCCCCUUCCAGUUCAAGUUCCACUUCAACUAAACAUAUCCCUCGCGUGAGACCAAACAGAGAAGACACCACUUACACUAUACACGCGCCAAAUACGACUGACUUUCACGGCUUCACUCAUUAUUAACAAUGGCGUACCUAAAUUAAUAAUAUUUUUUUUAUUUAAGUCUAAAAUGUAAAUAAUUUUAUAUUUUUUAACCUUCUUUAGUUGGUUUUACGCUAGGUUAACGCGAUUAGAUGAAUUACUAGGCCCCGAGGCUCCCGGUCGCACCCUAGCCUUAUGUAGUUAUUUAUAAUCAGAGACAUCAGAGUCAAUAGCAUACAUGCAGUAGGUAAACAUUUCCCUUAAAAUCUUCCUAUAAUUGUAACAGACUGGCUCCGGGGGUGCUUGCUGGAUUACAUGCCGUAAAUAAAUGUUAUUUAUCGGCAAAACUAGUCUUAUUUCUCUAGAAUUAUGUACAAAUCAAAAAGCAUUAAGUAUAUUUUAUUUCAAGUACAUACAUUACUUGUUAUUACGAGAACAAUGUUUCGCCACUGAGAUUGCUCGUGAUUGCAUUCUGCAUUUGAAUAAGCAUUAUGGUGAUUCAUUGCUCGCCAAAACUUGUUCUAAAUGUUUGUCAGCAUUAAAAAAAAGUUUGUACAUUCGUUAUUUGCGUAUGUUCUGUCCAG